AUAGCCAUUCCCAGCAACGAAUUCUCCAGAUUUCCGGUUUUCUACUUUAAAAAUUCCCAAUUUCCGGUUUGAACGGCUUAGAUGGAAUCUAAGGAGGAGCGCAGGAUUCUAGUGGCAGUGGACGGAGGAGAUGAGAGCCUGUACGCACUCUCCUGGUGUCUCAAAUACAUUGUUUCGGAUAAUUACAAAGAUACCCUCAUCCUUUUCUACGCCAAACCGCCUCCUACUCUCUAUCCAGAUGUUGAUGGAACAGGGUAUUUAUUUUCUUCUGAUGUAAUCGCAUCGGUAGAGAAAUACAGCAAUGAUUUGGCGGAGUGUGUUAUAGAGAAAUGUCGGAGAGUUUGCAAGGAUUCACAAAAUGAGGUUAAGGUGGAGAUAAAGGUGGAGAAUGGAGACCCAAGAGAUGUGAUAUGUGAAAUGUCUGAAAAGCUCAAAACAGAUGUUUUGGUUUUGGGAAGCCAUGGGUAUGGUUUUAUCAAGAGGGCUCUUCUUGGGAGUGUGAGCAAUCACUGUGCACAAAAUGCUAAAUGCCCGGUUCUGAUAGUGAAAAGGCCCAAGCACUGAUUGGAAGACGUUCUUAUAAUAUUUGGAUGUGGCUGUUAUGAUUUUGUAUUGUAUAGAGGGGUAUGCAUGUAAUUUUGUAAUUUAUUGAGACCUUGCAUGUAAAUAAGAUGAACAUGCUUUACUACUCUGAACAAUAUUCUAAUUAAAAACAUGGUUUUCAAACUCA